AUCAAAAAUCCUUAAAGACGUGUCAUGGAAUGCCGUCGCUGUCCAAGUGAAGCUCAAUAGGAAAGAAACUGCGAGAUGCUUCAAUGCUUACGCCCGUAUCGUCCGCAUCCCUGGACGCUUGGCGCUUACGGCCGAACAACAUCUGAUGUCCGUCCAUGAAUUCGUUCAACACCAACUUAUUUCAUCCAUCAACUGUCUUUUCAGAACCUUCUCACCUAUGUUGAGGCUGAAGCGGUUGGACUAUCUCUCCGGUUACUAGACUGGCGUGCGGAUUUAAUCUCACGGAUUCAAUCUCACCAACUUUUUUUGCUUCAAAUCACCAGAUAAUCAGAUGUUAUAUAAGAUGGCCACUUCAGAUGCAUGAUACAAAAUGCCAACGACUAGUUUAAUCAUCUUUAACUCAACUUACCUCGAGAACCAUGGAUAAAAAUACCCCCAAACUAGAGUCUUCAGCCUCCGAUGAACCCAUUUCCGAACCUAAACCCAGCGCGCGAGGAAAUGGUCCUAACAUCCCCAAAUGGAGGCUCGUCUGUCUAUGUAUCAGUCUAUGUUCCGGUCUUUUCCUUGCGCUGCUCGAUACCAGUAUCGUAGCAACAGCUCUUUACAACAUUGGUGUUGAAUUCAAUUCUCUUAACUCUGUUUCAUGGAUAGCUCUCGCAUAUACUCUAUCCUAUUUGGGCUGUGCUGUUUUAUUCGCACGAAUUGGUGAUAUUGCUGGUCGGAAGAAUGCAUAUAUUGCAGCAUUCAUUAUAUUCUUCGCAUUCUCAAUUGCAUGCGGGUUUGCGCAAACACUCAACCAACUCAUUGCAUUCAGAGCUUUGCAAGGCAUAGGUGGUUCGGGUCUUUAUUCUCUGACAAUGGUCAUCUUCCCUGAAAUCAGUCCCCCGGGAAUGAGGAGAUGGAUUGGAAGUUUGGCUGGCGCAGUGGUUGCAAUGAGCGGAGUGCUUGGUCCGGUCAUCGGAGGUAUCAUUACCCGAUACACAAGUUGGAGAUGGAUAUUUUGGAUAAAUGCACCAAUCGGAAUCGUGCCUUUAAUAUUAUUCUAUCUCGUCUGGCCAAAUGAAAAUCAACUCCAUCAAUCCAAACGUAGACCUCUUCGGCAACUUGAUCUUGUCGGGGCAUGUAUUCUGAUCAUCGCUUCUAUCCUUUUCGUCUUUGCAUUCCAAGAAGCAGGUCUCAAGACAAAUUCUUGGAAUACACCACUAUUCCUGAUUCCCCUCAUAGAAUUCAUAGUGCAGAGAAAAUGGGAAGAAAAGCUCGCAACGAUGUUCCCAUGGAGACUUAUCAAAAACAGAGUCUACAUGUUCGGUUUGGCCACAACUUUACUCAUGGGAUUUCCUUACUUUGUGGUAAUUUAUAGCUUGCCGCUACGAUUCCAGGUUGUGAAUGGGAAGAGUCCGUUAACCGCAGGACUGGGGUUGUUACCUAUGUUAGGAUCAACAGCUAUAGCGAGUUUUCUCGGUGGAAUGCUUAAUGGAACGAAAAACAGAGUAUUUUUGACUCUACUCGCGGGAUCUGGACUGAGUGUUAUAGGCACUAGUUCGCUAUCUACAUUAGCGAAUACUGAAUACGUGGAAGCUAAGACCUACGGCUUUUUGGUAUUUGUUGGGCUAGGGUUUGGAUUGACGGUAUCUACAGUAUCAAUGCUAUCAAACUACGAAUCAUCCAUCCGCGACCACGCGGUCGCACAAGGAAUCACAUCGCAAGCACGUAUUCUAGGCGGCAGCAUAGGAAUAGCAGCCAGUACCGCUAUUCUCAGUUUAGCACAACAAACACAAUUAACUGGCAUCAUGAGUCCGGAACAACUUGCUUCAUUAGAGUCUUCGGCAAAGACAAUGACAUAG